AAUGUCAGUGUCAAAGAAUAAAUGGUCCCCGUCUUAUGGGCAGUUUUAAGACAGAAAUACCCCUCUGGGCGGGGCCCUCUAUUAUUGAACCACCCUGUACAUCUUAAUUAUUAUGCACCCAGUAUUCGAAAUUUUUGUAGACAUGCUAAACAUAUAAUAAUAGACUCAACAGAGAACUUGCUAGCUCUAAAUCCUAGGGUACCACAAUAUUCCAGCGUAAAACCUUCAAGUACAACCAAAGAGGAAAAAAGUCAUUGGAAAAGAAAUAAAAGCAAAUCAUGUCAGAGCUGCUCACCUGCUUUGGAGAAUAAUUUUUCAGAUGUUAAGCCUACAACGUUAUCUGAAAGGGGUGCCCUUAGAGAGGCCACUAGAUGUCUAAAAUGUGCAGAUGCACCAUGUCAGAAAUCAUGCCCCACACAAUUGGAUGUUAAGGCCUUUAUAACAUCUAUAGCCAACGGUAAUUACUAUGGAGCUGCCAAAGCAAUAUUAAGUGAUAAUCCUUUGGGACUAACCUGCGGUAUGGUGUGCCCAACCAGUGACCUUUGUGUUGGUGGAUGUAAUUUGUCAGCUGUCGAAGAAGGCCCCAUCAAUAUUGGUGGUUUACAACAGUUUGCAGUAGAGGUUUUUAGCAAAAUGAACAUUCCCCAAACUAGAGAUCCUGCUGUACCCAAACCACGAAAAUCAGCAGCCAAAAUAGCUUUAGUUGGAGGAGGUCCAGCUUCGUUAUCAUGUGCUAGUUUCUUAGGAAGAUUAGGAUACACUGAUAUUACUAUCUACGAGAAAGAAAAGACACUAGGUGGACUAAGUACUUGGGAAAUUCCACAGUAUCGUCUGCCCCAAACAGUAGUCGAUUUUGAGGUGAACUUGAUACGUGAUUUAGGUAUCAAAGUUGAACAUCAACGGUCUCUCUCGUCCAAAGACCUCACCAUCAAUAACUUAGUGAACGAAUGUGAAGCAGUAUUUGUUGCAAUCGGAUUACCACAAUCCAAGGUAGAUUCAGUAUUUGACAAUUUGGAUGCUUCUCACGGAUUCUACACUUCAAAAUCAUUCCUUCCAGCUGUAUCCAAAAGCUCCAAGAAGAUCUGUUCAAGUGGAGGAUGUUCUUCUUCGUUGCCAAGUUUACACGGGACUGUUUUGGUUCUGGGUGCAGGAGAUACCGCUUUUGAUUGUGCUACUUCCGCUUUGCGUUGUGGUGCCAAGAAAGUAUUUGUGAUUUUUAGAAGAGGUUUUCAAAAUAUUAGAGCUGUGCCAGAAGAAGUAUCCGUAGCUGUUGAGGAAUACUGCGAGCUGAUUGGUUUCCUAUCGCCCUACAAAGUAAACUUAAAAAAUGGAAAAAUAACUUCGAUGACUUUUAGUCGUUCAGAGCAGCUUGAUAAUGGAAAAUGGGCCCAGGAUAAGGAACAACUCACGACCAUCAAAGCUGAUUUUGUUAUAUCGGCCUUUGGAUCGCAUUUGACAGAUCCAGACAUUUUGGAUGCACUAAAACCACUGUCGCUCAACGACUGGAAUCUUCCGGUUGUAAACCCAAAGACUCUUCAAAGUUCGCAUCCUAAGGUUUGGAUAGGAGGAGAUAUGGCUGGGGUUGCAGAAACAACAGUCGAAUCAGUCAAUGAUGGAAAAACAGCAGCUUGGAGCAUACACUGCUUUUUAGAGGAUCUUCCUAGUGAUUCUCCAUCGAGGUUGCCUCUCUUCCACACUCCCAUAGAUGACGUGGACAUAUCAACAGAAAUUUGUGGAGUACGAUUUGAGAAUCCCUUUGGUUUAGCUUCUGCACCACCUGUUACAACACCAGCAAUGAUCAGAAGAUGCUUCGAACAAGGAUGGGGGUUUGUGGUUACCAAAACUUUUGGCUUAGACAAGAACGAAAUAACAAAUGUAUCACCCAGAAUAGUUAGAGGAACAACCUCUGGUCCAAUCUACGGACCUCAGCAAGGUUCAUUCUUAAAUAUAGAAGUAAUAUCUGAAAAAUACUUCGACUACUGGCUAACCGGAAUCCAGGAACUGAAAAAAGACUUCCCAACAAAGAUUAUUAUAGCAUCAGUAAUGUGCGCUUAUGUAAAAGAAGACUGGGUAGAGGCAGUAACAAAGACAGAAAAAAGCGGAGCAGAUAUGUUGGAGCUUAAUCUCAGUUGUCCGCAUGGAGUUAAAGAGUCUGGAAUGGGUCUAGCUUGUGGUCAAAAAGAAGAAUUAGUUCGAGAUAUCUGCAGCUGGGUCAGAGAAGCAGUCAAAAUUCCAUUUUUUAUUAAAUUAACGCCUAAUAUAACGAACAUAGUUACCAUAGCUGCGGCAGCUAAAGAAGGCGGAGCUUGGGGUGUGUCUGCUAUCAACACAGUGUCUGGUUUAAUGGGUAUCAACGCAGAAGGACUAACUUGGCCUAGAGUGGGAACUGGAAAAAGAACUACAUUUGGAGGAGUUUCAGGAAAUGCUACGAGACCCAUGGGUUUAAGAGCAGUUGCCGCCAUAUCCGAAGCAUUGCCAGGUUUUCCAAUAUUGGGAGUGGGAGGAGUAGAAUCAGCUGCAACUACUUUAGAGUAUUUGCAAGUGGGAGCACAAGCUGUGCAGGUAUGUAGCGCUGUGCAAAACCAAGACUAUACUUUAAUAAAGGACUACGUCACUGGAUUGAAAGCCUUGCUGUAUCUGGACGGUCAAUUACCAGGCUGGAAUGGACAAAGUCCACCCACACCAAAACAUCAAAAAGGAAAGCCAGUGAGGCCACUCUAUGACGCAAAUGGGAAGAAACUGCCUAAUUUUGGACCUUAUAAACUGCAAGCAGAAGAAUUAAUAUCGGGUCUCUAUAAAGAAAACAAAUACGAAGAAACUAUCAUUCAACAUCAUGAAGGUCGCCCAGUGGGCUAUGAUGACCCAAAACAAGAGAAAGGCGAAAAGAAGGUAGUGAAAGUCAGUGACGUAGUUGGUCGUGCUUUGAAAUACAUCGGAGCUUACAAGCAAUUGAACAACACUCAACAAGUAGUUGCACUAAUAGACGAUGAUAUGUGUAUAAACUGUGGUAAAUGUUACAUGGCCUGUAACGACUCUGGAUAUCAAGCAAUAGAAUUCGAUUCAAAGACUCAUAUUCCCCACGUGAAUGACGAUUGUACAGGGUGCACGCUUUGUUUGUCAGUAUGUCCUAUCAUCGACUGUAUUACAAUGGUUCCCAAAACUAUACCACACGUGAUCAAACGGGGUAAAGCAACUGUCAUACAAGGAGUACAUCCAAUCCAUUAGAGCAAUUUUUGUUAAAAUAAAAAUAAGUUUGUUGUUACCAUGUUAUUUUUGGUGUUGACGUUAUUUAUUAAUAAAUGGGUACUUAAUACAUA